AUGUUUUUGUCUUGUUUACGCCCGAAAUGGGCAUCCAUCCUGGGGGCGCUUGCGCUUGCGUUUGCGCUUGCCGUGUCGCUUUCGGCGCAGGCCCAGACCUCACCAUCGCUUCGAUCUGCCGUUGAAGCCGCCUGGGCGCUGAGCCCGCAGGCGCAAGCCCUGGUCAAUCGCCAGGCAGAGUUUGAUGCACGCGUGAGCGCCGCAUCGUCGCUGUUGUCGGGGCCACCGAGUAUUUCGUUGUCGCACCGCACAGACCGGCCAACACGCAACGGCGGCCUGCGCGAGUCUGAAGCGGCGCUGGCCUUUCCCAUCUGGUCGCCUGGCGUGCGCUCUGCGACGGCGACAUCGCUGCAGGCAGACCGCCAGGCUUUUGACCAGGAACUGGUGCUGGCCAAAAUCAGGCUGGCCGCCGAUGUGCGCGAGCUUGCCGCGCAGGCCGCACUGGCGCGCAACGAGGCGCAAGUGGCCCAGCGCAAGCAGCAGGAGGCAGCGUUGCUGGCGGCUGAUGUAGGGCGCCGCGUCAGGGUGGGCGAGGUGGCGCGGCUUGACCUGCUGCAGGCGCAGGCCGUUCAAAGCCAGGCCGCUGCUGCGCAAGCCCAGGCUGAAAGUGCGGCUGCGCGGGUCAAUGCGCAGUGGCGUUCCUUGACGGGCCUGAACGAUGUGGCAGAACUCGAUGAGGCUGAAGGCGGCGUGCGCGAAAGCCCGGCACUGCUUGCCGCAGACAGCCGCCUGCGUGCCGCACAGGCAAAACUCGCCCUGAUGGAGACCGACAGGCGAGACCCCAUGGAAGUGGGCGUCGGCGUGACGCGUGAACGCCCGGCUUUUGGGGCUGCGAGCGACACCUCUGUGCGGGUGACGCUGCGUGUGCCUUUCGGCACGCAUGGCCGCAACGCGCCCAGGCUGGCCGCCGCCAGGGCAGAGCUGGACGCCGCGCAAGCUGAGGCAAUGACCGUGGCCCGCAGCGUGAAAGCCGACCAGGAAAGCGCGGCCAGCGAGCUUGACGCAGCGCGCCGCGCAGAGACGCUGGCGGCAGACAGGGCACGCCUGAGCACCGAAGCGCAAACGCUGAUCGGCAAGUCUUACCGCCUUGGCGAAAGCGACCUGCCCACACGACUGCGCGCCGACAGCGAACGCUUUGAUGCAGAACUUGCCCAUGCACGCGCCCGCGUCGACAUGCGCCGCGCGAUCUCAAAACUUAACCAGGCCUUUGGAAUACUCCCAUGA